AGGCACCGAGCCUGUGUGAAUAUGUGUGGUGUCCUCUUAACAGCGGAGGUUUAGACAAUCAGAUUUUAUAGGUUUCAAGUAAAAGAUGGUAAUAAAAGCCGUAUGCAUUCUGAAGGAUGAGCGUGAUGCCUAUCCUCAUCUCCCCGAUUUACAAGAUGCCGUCAGCGGUGUUGCUGGAACCAUCACCUUUAAAUCGCAGGUAAAUGGAACAGUAUUAAUAAAAGGAAUUAUUACUGGAUUAGCAUGUGGAAAACAUGGACUACAUGUGUGUGCCUUUGGAAAUCUUUUUAAUGGUUAUCACAGUGUAGGACCACAUUUCAAUCCUCGAAAGAAAACACAUGGUGGACAACAAGAUGAACAAAGGCAUGUGGGGGACCUCGGUAAUGUUGAAGCAGAUGAAGAAGGUGUGGCUGAGUUUGAAAUAGAAGAUCACCUUCUUAGUCUUUCAGGAACUGAAUCCAUAAUUGGUCGGGCUGUGGUGAUUCGGGCAGAGGAAGAUGAUCUGGGAAAAGGAGGAAAUGAAGAGAGCCUUAUAACAGGAAAUGCUGUGACAGGUUUAGCCUGGGGAGUCAUUGGAAUAGCUGAAGUUGUUGCCAACUAAGAAAUCUAAUACUGCAGUACAAAAUUCUAACCAGCAAGAUAAGCAGGCUGUGUGAAUUAACUGUAAGCCAAUGUUAGUGAACUCUGAAAAGUUGUAUUUAAUAUUUACUGAUAUAGCUUAAUGCAUGGAAAAUUAUUAAUGCAUGUGGUUUUGUUUCUGUUUAUUUAAAAAAUCACAUCUUGCUGUUUGGUGUC